AUGGCAGAGUCACAUGUGGUCCGUCAGGACCUGUGGCCUUUGGGCAUUUCUAUCAUUUUCUGUGGAUCCCUUUCGGGGGCUGCCGGAGAUACAAUGGUUCGUAUGUCCUACAGCGCCGCGGGGCCAGAGCCUUCGGUGAGGGAGAUGCUGAAGAAACCGAUGUUUGUCAUCGGGAUGAUCCUCACCACAGCGGUCGAUUCGGCUUGCACGCUUGGCGCGCUCACCUUUGCUCCUUCGUCGAUGGUCACUCCGUUCGCCGGCGUUCACAUCUUCUGGGCUGUUUUGCUCUCGCAUUUCUGGCUGAAGGAGAGUGUGGGACGUUGGGAAGUCUUGGGGUCUAGCUGCGUAAUUUCAGGUGUUUUGCUCCUGGUGCUAUUCAGCGGGAAGGAGACCGAUAUCACGUCGAUUUCGCAGUUCAGAGCUGCGGCAAGCACACCUCUAGCUCUCACAUACAUAUCCGUGGCAGCGGCUUCCACUCUCACGCUUGUCUUGCUGAGUCAAAAGUUGUAUCCAUGCUCUCUCGGCGCGUGGGAGGUGCCCAUACAGCGCCUCUCUCUGGCCUUGGCUUCCGGAGUUUUUGGGGGCAAUACAAACGUGUCUGCCAAGCUGCUUACCAUUGCUGUUACGCAGCUUUUUAGGGGCGACUUCUCAGUGCUCACGAACCUUGCGGUGUGCGAUUCUUCCAGUUGGCAGGCUUACGCGGUGUUCUUUGCAACCAUACUUUUGGCCCUUUUGCAGUUGCUAUUCUUAAACACCGCCCUCAGGAAGUUCGAAGCAAUUUAUGUCAUUCCCACAACCAACAGCUGCCUCGUUGCGGAAGGCAUCGUGGGGGCAAUUAUGGUGUUGCGGGAGUAUCCGUCCACGUGGGUGUGCUUCCUCCUUGGCCUCCUGCUUUGUGUUGGAGGCAUUCUCGUUCUCACCAUCAAGCACAAAACGCUGCAGACACCCCAGCCGAAGACUGCUCCGCCGGAGCAGGUCCGUCCUUUCGUCCACGAAAAGGUUCAGCGCACGGUGGUCAAACGCGGAGCUCUGGUAGGCCAAGUUCUAGCUGAGGCUUGUGCUUGCUGCUUUGCAGGUGCUUCGCCCCCUGGAGGAGCCUCCGGAGCCUCAGAGGUCGUGGGUGCCCAGCGAGCCGCACCUUGCUGCUUCUAG